AUGGCAGUGGAACGCGUUUGUAAGGCAUUGCAUGGGCUGAAGCCGGCCAUGUUUAUGGUCGUGGUUCAGCUUAGCUUUGCUGGGGUGAAUGUGUUUUACAAACUGGCAGCAAAUGAUGGAAUGAGCUUGAGGGUUAUCGUUACCUAUCGCCUCAUUUUCGCUGCUGCUGUUGUUGUCCCUCUCGCUCUCGUUUUUGAAAGGAAUAGUAGGCCAAAGUUGACAUGGAUAGUACUCUUCCAAGCAUUUCUUUGCGGGAUAUUCGGGGGAUCGUUAUUUCAUAAUUUAUAUAUUGAAAGCUUAGCCUUGACAUCAGCAACAUUUGCAUCAGCCAUGAUUAACUUAGUUCCUGCCUUUACCUUCAUCCUGGCCGUCUCUUUCGGGUUGGAGCAGCUCAGUCUAGGGACAAUUGCAGGAAAGGCUAAGGUGUUGGGAACAUUAAUGGGAAUAGGUGGGGCUAUGCUCCUCACCUUCUACAGAGGGGCAGAAAUUAAAAUAUGGUCUACUCAUGUUGAUCUACUCAAUCACGGCCAACAUCAAACCGGACACUCGGCAGCCUCCCCAGAAUCAAAAAAUCUUCUUUUGGGUUCUAUAUUGGCUCUAGGAAGUUGUUUGUCGUUUGCCUCCUGGUUAAUAAUACAGACUAAAAUGAGUCAGAGAUAUCCAUGUCACUACUCGACCGCAGCUCUAAUGUGUGUGAUGGGAGCUAUUCAAUCUGCUGUUUUUGCCCUAUGCAUGGAGAGUGAUUGGAGCCAAUGGAAGUUGGGCUGGAAUAUCAGGCUUCUUACAGUCUCUUACACGGUACUUACUUUUCCUAAGGAUUGUACCUCCUAUAUAUCCUUGUUAAUUCGAAAAGAAAAAAAGAAGAAGAGCAUACCAGGCUAGCUAGCAGAGAUACAAAGUCUGGGUGUGUAAGGCUUGCAUGCACAAACUCUUUGACUUAAUUGGGUGUGCAGGGAAUCGUAGGAACAGGACUUGCGGUGACUUUGAUUGCGUGGUGCGUGCACAUGAGAGGUCCUUUAUAUGUCUCUAUCUUCAGCCCUCUGAU